CUCACGGCGCUGGCCGCGGCAGCGGGACGAGCAGCCCCCGCUCUCCCCAAUGGAAAGCUCUCCCCGUGCGCCUGCCACCAUAAAUCAGCUGCCCUUCUCCUGAAUAACAGCAUUCACUGAAGUUACAGUAGGAAACUUGUCUGGGUGGACACCGUGCCAUUGCUGCGCGGUGCCGAUCGCCGGCCUGGCGCUGAAAUAUCGCAUUGAUUGCCGCUGCCGCUGCCAGCGCCGGGCUAUCGCAGCCGGGAGGAGCAGGGCGAACACCGGGGGAAGAGGCGCCGGGGAAAAAGGCAGGGUCGGACCGUCUCGCCGAUCUCUCCGGGAAUAAGAAGCACGCUGGAUGUGUUAGAUGCUGGAAGCACCGGAGGAAGCUGGCGCGUCCCUGGGAGGAUUUGCAGGCUAAACUUGGCCGGGGGCUCGCUGUCGGCAGCCGGGCGCUCGCAGGCAAAGCGGAGGGAAAAGCAUCCUGUGCUCCCCCAGCCACACAGUGAGAAGCAGUGCGUGCCACCCCUGUGCAAGACCGAGCUGGGAAUAAAAGGAGAACAAUGCAUUUCCUGGCCUGGUUCAAUUUGCUGCUUCUCCUUCCUUGUUUUGGUACCACAAAAACCUGCUUCCCUGGCUGCCACUGUGAAGUGGAAACCUUUGGUCUCUUUGACAGCUUUAGCUUGACCAAGGUGGACUGCAGCGGAAUAGGCUCACACAUUGUUCCUGUCCCAAUCCCUCUGGAUACCUCCUACUUGGAUCUAUCAUCAAACAAACUGGAAACAAUAAAUGAAUCGAUGCUUACUGGCCCUGGAUACACCACCCUGGUGAGUCUCGACCUGAGCUACAACAAAAUUGCCAAGAUUUCCUCCACAACAUUCUCCAGGCUUCGGUACCUGGAGUCCUUGGAUCUGAGUCAUAACUCUCUGGAAGUCCUUCCGGAGGACUGUUUCUCCAGUUCUCCUCUAAGUGACAUAGAUUUGAGCAAUAACAAACUUUUGGAUAUAGCUAUGGACAUUUUUGCUUCAAAAGGUCAGGGCAAAUCCCUGAAUGUGGAUCUAUCCAAUAAUAUGCUCAGCACAAUUACAAGGCACCAUGAAAAGAGCAUUCCAAACAUCCAGAACUUAAAUCUUUCUGGAAACAGGCUAACAUUUGUACCAAACCUCCAAGGCAUUCCUCUCCGAUAUUUAAAUCUCGAUGGAAACCCUCUGGUUAAGAUUGAGAAAGGAGACUUCACGGGGCUGAAAGACUUGAUUCAUUUAUCCCUCAGUGGCCUGCAUGGUUUCAGAGAGCUAUCUCCUCAUAGCUUCAAGGAACUCCAAGCUCUUCAGGUUCUGGAUUUAUCCAACAAUCCCAACUUGAAGUCGCUGACUGCUGAGGUUAUCUUUGGUCUGAACUCCCUACAAGAGCUCAACCUGUCUGGGACAGGCAUAACAUCCUUGCCAAAGACUUUGCUGAAAUACCUGCCUUCCAUCAAAAGCAUCACCUUAGGGAAGGACAUUCAGUGUCUCAAGACCAUCAAAGAAGGACAGUACCACCGACAAAUUGGGCUGACCAAAAAGGAAGUCCUCAGUUGCUAUGACAGCCAUGGAUCCGUAGCAGCAGCACCUUAUGUUUCGUGAUGAAAAUUGGGGAGAAGGAGGAGUGGGGCAGGGAGGGUGGGGGGCCAUGGGACUUGUACAGGUGUCGGACUGAGAUGGCUUGCAGUGUGCCUUUUGUAAAACUGUCAAUAAUUUAUAUAUUUGUACUUGCCAAUAGUUGAUUGUUUGUGGAUUUUAUAAACUCUCAAAUCUCAGCCUGCGUUAUCUGCAGGCUCCAGAUUUUACCCGGUGCAUUGAGGUCCUCACUCAUCCUGUUGGCUCAAGAGCAGUUUUCCACAAAAACUGGAAUGUGUGUAGCCCUUCAAAGUAUCAAAAAAAAAGAUGCAGGGACAAGUCGCUCUGCAGGUCCCAGGGCAGAACAGUCUGUCUGGAGCAAACCCUUCAUGCCUCAGACACGUUUGUAGGAGCAAAGCUAUACCUCUGGAGAGCACACACCAAAAUGUACCAGCUCUGUAGCUGCUUGCUUACAAACCCAUGCAUCAUCCUUCUUUUAAUUAUUACUCCCCAAAAUGUGCCUUCUGGAUGCUGCCUUCAUUAGGAGCACCCUGUUUUCUGUCAUGCACUUUCAGUCUUGAAGAAACAUUUCCAGACAAACCUGAAUACAGGGUGCACCCAGUGUGCUGGGUUUUACAUGUUAUUUGCAUAGCUGUGCAAUGAACACUGAGUAAGUCGAGACAUUUUCCCACCCAUUUCUCCUUGUUUUCCUACCUUGAUCCUUUUCAUGUCUAAUUAACUUAGGUCCGGCUUUGGCAGCCUCCCGUCUUUGCAACCUCGGUGAGCCAUUGUUCAGAGGUGGUGUGCAGCAGAGGGGUCUGCUAACAGCCACAUCUCACCCAGGAACUAGCCUGGGAUGAGGGAGGUUGCAAAGGGAAGAGGUUGUGUAGGCUAGCUCAAAAAAAAAAAAAAAAGGAAAACAAUCCCUCUGCCCUUUCUGGGGAAGCUUGGAAAGAAACUCUGACAGGGAUUUUUUCUUGAUGACAUUAUCAAACCAAGAUGAAGUCCUAGAGGAUAUGAGAGUAGGUUGUUUCCAGGCUGACAUUCCCCAUCUGAAUGCAACAUCUGCAGCUCAUCUGGGCAUAUGUGAGGCAACUUGCCGUGCCAAAACACUUCUGAGAACGUGCCAGGGGAAGAAUUAACACUAAUGCAUGUGGCCCUGGAGCACUUUGCUUAUCAGAGAAAAGAUCUUUGGGGUUUUUUUCCAGAGUUGUGGCUUUUCUUUUUCUCACACAGCUCUUUGGUUGCCAAGUGAACCUGAUAAACAGAAAUCUCAUGAAAAGCCUGGUCCUCCAAGUUUUACUCAUUUAUUUCCCUCCAUUGCUCAAAUGCUAGCGAAAGAAAACCCCUCUGGACCCUCUUUUUCUCCAGUCUAAGAGGAAGUGGGAGAAGGCAGCACAGCACGACUCAAUGCCAUGUGUGAAGCCUUCAACUUGCUUGUAGGAGCAAUGGAGGUGACUGCUGAGGUCUGCUCCACAUCUGGCAUGCUCUGUCCGGGGGGAUGGGAUGUUGUGGAUGGGGGUCCUGCCCGAGCUGAACUGCAGUUUGGUCUCUUAAACCCAGCCCUGCAUCAGGGCCACUUUUAAUGUUUGAGUUAGGGAAAUCCAUGUAAAGGUGAUGCAGAUAUAAACUCAUCUCACAACUGUCUUUGAGAGUGUUGGAAGAAGCUCAGGUUUUGUCCUCAUACCCCUAAAAGUCUUGGAAAGUGGAAACCAUGUUGCCCAAACCCACAGACUCCAUUAAAGUCAGAGUCAACACCUAACUUUGGAUACUGAAAUUUGGUACUCCCACAUUUCCAUCUAUCUCCAUUUCAAUAAUUUGUUUGGGUAGCUUAGGGUGGGAUUUUUAACCCUUCCAUCAGUUUUGGGGAUUUUUCCCCCUAUACUGAGCCGUUGCAAUGUUUGACCAGCCUUCACAAUCAUAGGAAACAUAUUGAUUUUCUUAAAAAGGCAAUGGGGCUGCCUAUGGGCAGAGAUCUGGAGGGUAACAGAAACAAACUGCAGUGCAAGACGGGGCAGUUUGUGGGGAAAGAUAUGUGGGUUUUACUGGAUCUUGCCUUUUUAAGAGAAUUAUUUUCUGCUGGCAGAAAAUGUAUUUUUUUUAAAGAAAGCUGUUUACUUUUUUAAGCCUGUACAUAGAUGAAACAUUACGGUUAUCACCUCCUGUCAAAGUUACUGUCUUUGCAGCACUGUGGUAAAUUUAAAACCCAAUGUGACAAUCCAAUUGAAGACUGCAAGAUUUCCUUGUGUAAUCUCACGCUAGCUGCUAGCUAAACUAGUCUUAGCAAAAGCUGGCAAAUACUGUCGCUGUGUUUGUCUGUUUUUUUAAAGAACCUCUGCAGCAUUGUAAGGCUUUGUGAUUGCUCACAAUAUAAUAAAGUAAUUUGGAGGAGAAUAAA